GACAAUCAUGGCUUCACAGCUUUACACCUAGCGGCUAUGGUCGGCAACGAGAAUAUUUGUAAAGUUUUGGUCAGGCAGGGCUGGAAUCUUUCGGAAAGAGAUAAGCUUGACAACACUCCUCUACAUUUGGCAGCUGGACGUGGUCACACUGAUGUGGUACGAUUUCUGGUAACAGCUGGUGCAAAUAUGAAUGAAAAGGAUGCGAUGGAUAGGACGCCCGUUUACUGGGCAUGCUUCGGUGGCCAAGCACAUACGUUGUACUGCAUGAUAAAGGAGCUUGGGUUUGAGUGGAGAACGGUCGACAAGUGA